GAGAGAGAGAGAGAGAGAGAGAGAGAGAAAGAAAAGAAAAGAGGAAAGCAGUGCACACCUUCGUCCUCAGUCUUUAGUCCUCAGUCCGGAUCCAGAAGCGCUACACUCUUGAGAGAAGGAACUUCCUCACCGCGCAGCUGAAGAGGGUUUAAUUGGUGUCCCCCCGAUACUAAAGGAAGUCGGUAAUUCGUGCUUUUGUCUUGCACUUUGUUAGCAAAGAAAAACUAGCUCGCGUUAUCUUUCCGCACCCGUAUUACAUCAGUUUCGUUUUUAACUCCUGGGUUGAGAUUGGACGGUGGUCUGUCGCUCUGUGUUUUGAUUGGCUGGAAGGUUGGGAAUACGCCGUCCUGGCCAAUCAUCGCGCAGGAGGCGGGGUUUCCUGAAUGUCUCAGGGCUUCCCUGAGCUGUGUUUGUGUGGGAGUGUGGAUGUGCAGCUCGGCUUCACCACAAAACAUCGCUUUCUGGCGCAUGAACACCGCGAACAUCACACACACCAGGCUGAACAUCUGCACAGUGAGGGGUAGACGGACUACUCCGAGGACCUGGAGACACAUCGGCGAGGAGACCUGGAGAAGGAGAAAGUGGUGUAAAGGCAAUUAUACAACAACAAAAAGGUGACAUCCAGCGGAAUCAGAAUGGGAGGUGGUGAGAGAUACAACAUUCCUGCUCCCCACCCCGAUCGCUUCACCCCCAAAAAGCACCACGCCAUGGGCAAGGCCAAGCCCAGGAGCCGGAACCAGCACCCUGCCCCGUUCUCCGUGCCUCCUGGAGCUCAGACGCCUCCUGAGAAACUGGUUGAGAAGAAGACCGCCGGCUUGGUCCGCUUCUCCUACAGUGAUCAGUGCUGGGGCGGAGCCGUGACUCACCUCAACAACAUCCUGGCCACGCAGUGCAGCCACGCCUACGCCGGUGCCAAGUUCAGCGAGCCGCCUUCGCCCAGCGUUCUCCCCAAACCCCCCAGUCACUGGGUUUCCCUUCCCAUGAUUCCCUGCGAUCGGCGUGAGAUGAUGGCCUUUCAGUUAAAGAGCCUCCUCAAAGUUCAGGCAUGAAACACGCACACAAACCAUCACGCUAAGACUUCAUGCCAGGCUCCGCCCCUCCUGUAACGCUGUAGCGGCGUGAUGCAGAUUUUACGCAGGAAUCGGUUCUGCAAACGGUUCCUCUGUACAUAGUUUUUUAAAGUUUUAGUGCAGACGUCAUGUCUCUGCAGCCUUACAGGAGGGACUACCACCUGCACCUCCACCACCACCACCUGCACCUCCACCACCACCACCUGCACCUCCACCACCUGCACCUCCACCACCACCACCACCACCUGCACCUCCACCACCACCACCACCACCUGCACCUCCAC